AUGGAUUGGAAUAAAUACCAAGAAAAUAUAAUAGUUACAGCGUCCUCUGAUAAAUCCGUUAAAGUAUGGGAUUUGAGAAGACCUGAUCGUGAAUUAUUAUGUUUACGAGGUCAUGAAUAUGCUGUAAGAAGGGUAAAAUGUUCUCCGCAUAAUGGAAACAUAAUUGCUAGUGUUAGUUAUGACAUGACUAUGAGAAUAUGGGAUAUUUCAAGACAAACCAAUCCUUUAGUGAAUGUUUAUGACGGUCAUUCUGAAUUCGUAGUGGGUUUGGAUUUUAAUUUGUACAUUGAAGGUCAAAUUGCUACAUGUGCUUGGGAUGAAAAUGUUCACAUUUUUCAACCCCCAGUAACCCCAACAUCUUGUACUACAAAAGUGGGAAGACUGAAAAAACUUUUGCAUUUUGUGAAUUGUUCCACUGAAUACUCAUUGGUCCCUUGUAUGGAUUUUAAUUGGUUGUUGGAAGCUCUUUCUCUUGCUAAUAUUAGCGUUUUGUUAUUACUUUCUGCAUAUACUGAGCCAUACGCUGGAUGA